CUUGGCUUUGCCGAGGAGCUGAUGCCAGUGCCUUUGUGUGCUGUGCUGUGAGUGCUGCUGCGGGAAAUUGUGAGAGUGCAAUGGGCGAACUGGGAAGCCACGACAUGAAUGCAGUGACCUAUGAUGAUGUGCAUGUCGGCUUCACUUGGGAAGAAUGGACUUUGCUGGAUCGUUCCCAGAAGAAUCUCUACAAAGAUGUGAUGCUGGAGACCUACAGGAACCUCACUACCAUAGGAUACAGUUGGGAAGACCAUAAUAUUGAAGAACAUUGUCAAAGUUCUAGAAGACAUGAAAGACAUGAAAGAAGCCAUAACGCAGAGAAACCUUCUGUAUAUACUCAAUGUGUUAAAGCCUUUGCAUAUGACAGUCAUCUUCAAAGACAUGAAAGAACACAUACUGGAGAGAAACCCUAUGAAUGUAAUCAAUGUGGUAAAGCAUUUGCUUAUGACAGUGCUCUUCAAAGGCAUAAAAGAACACAUACUGGAGAGAAACCCUAUGAAUGUAAUCAAUGUGGUAAGGCCUACGCAAGUCACAGUAAUCUUCAAAUGCAUACAAGAACACAUACUGGAGAGAAACCCUAUGAAUGUAAUCAAUGUGGUAAAGCCUUUGCAUAUGACAGUCAUCUUCAAAUUCAUAAAAGAACACAUACUGGAGAAAAACCCUAUGAGUGUAAUCAAUGUGGUAAAUCCUUUGUACGUCAUAGUAAUCUUCAAAUGCAUAAAAGAACACAUACUGGAGAGAAACCAUAUGAAUGUAAUCAUUGUGGCAAAGCCUUUGUACAUCAUAGCAAUCUCCAAAUGCAUAAAAGAACACAUACUGGAGAGAAACCUUAUGAAUGUGACCAAUGUGGUAAAACCUUUGCUCAUCAAAGUAUUCUCCAAAUACAUAAAAGAACACAUACUGGAGAGAAGCCCUAUGAAUGUAAUCAAUGUGGUAAAGCCUUUGCUCAUCACAAUGCUCUUCAAAUGCAUACAAGAACACAUACUGGAGAGAAACCUUAUGAAUGUGACCAAUGUGAUAAAGCCUUUGCAAGUUACAGUAAUCUUCAAAUGCAUAAAAGAACACAUACUGGAGAGAAACCCUAUGAGUGUAAUCAAUGUGGUAAAGCAUUUGUACAUCACAGUAAUCUCCAAACUCAUAAAACAACUCAUACUGGAGAGAAGCCCUAUGUAUGUGACCAAUGUGAUAAAGCUUUUGCACAUCGCAGUAUUCUCCGAAUACAUAAAAGAACACAUACUGGAGAGAAACCCUAUGAAUGUAAACAAUGUGGUAAAGCCUAUGCCCAAUAUGGCAGUCUUCAAAUGCAUAAAAGAACACAUACUGGAGAGAAACCUUAUGUAUGUAAUCAUUGUGGUAAAGCCUUUGCUUUUCAAAGUGCUUUUCAAAGGCAUGAAAGAAUACAUACUGGAGAGAAACCCUAUGAAUGUAAUCAAUGUGGUAAAGCCUUUGCUCAUCACAGUGCUCUUCAAAUGCAUACAAGAAUACAUACAGGAGAGAAACCUUAUGAAUGUGAUCAAUGUGGUAAAGCCUUUGCACGUCAGAGUCAUCUUCACUUGCAUAAAAGAACACAUACUGGAGAGAAACCCUAUGAAUGUCAUCAUUGUGGUAAAGCCUUUUUACAUCAUGGUAAUCUUCAAAUACAUAAAAGAACACAUACAGGAGAGAAACCCUAUGAUUGUAAACAAUGUGGUAAAGCUUUUGCACUCCACAGUGCUCUUCAAAUGCAUGAAAGAACACAUACUGGAGAGAAACCCUAUGAAUGUGAUCAAUGUGGUAAAACUUUUACACAACAUGGUAAUCUUCAAAUGCAUAAAAGAAUACAUACUGGAGAGAAACCUUAUGAAUGUAAUCAGUGUGGGAAAGCCUUUAAACGCAGCCGUAGUCUUCGAAAUCAUGGGAAAAUUCAUACUGCAGAGAAACCCUAAAAAUAGCCAUUGUGAUAAAGUUUUGUACUUUAUACAGGAAUAAAACUUUUUGUGUACAAUCUAUCUGUUAAAGCCUCUACAUAUUAAAAUAGUCUUUGAGUACCUGUAAAAAAAAUACUGAGGG